CCCGCGGAUGGAUGCACUGGUCGCUUCCCUGUCUUGGCGGCGGUGACUGCGUACAGGUGUCUUUUCGGCCUGCUGAUCCCACCGUCUAGCAGCAGCAGGGCGGCUGCAUCCACAUCGCCCCUUCUUGCCAGGCCCGCCGUGCCCCCAACAGCAGUCUUGCUUCCCUCCAGUCCCUCUUAGCCCUGGCAUGGCUCUGGCCACAGGGUCUUGCCCGUGGGGUGGGAGGUUAGUACCGGACACAGAGUGGUAGCCUACCUGACGUGGUUAGAGGGACACAGGCUGAGGGUGGGUGGGGACCCACAUCGGCCUGCACCGUCCGCCCUUGCGCAGACUGACAGGUGCAGCCACCGGUGUGGGGAGCAAUUCGGACUAUACUGUUACUGGAAUUAAGACUUAUUCUAUGCAUCUGCUCUCCCACAAUAUGGCGCUGGGAGAGAAGUAAACAGCUUCCGCACAGCUGCCUCCAGUUCAACUAAUAAACUGUAGGACUUGCUAUUGAUUGGAGGAGAGCAGCGUACUCGGCGUGUGGGCAGCCGAGUUAGGAUUGGCGGAGGAGGACUAUAAAGGAGGAGAGAGACGGCAUGCACCAGGAACAUCUAAGGGGAACAUCUGAAGGAACACCUGUGCAGCCCCCCAGAGAGCCGGCCGGCGGUGUGCCGCUCCCCUGCGGAAGUGGGGAAUGUGGCCAGGGGGAACUGCCCUUCCACGGAGGUGGAAGGGAUAGUAGCCAGCCCGGGAAGAACCAGCAGCAAACCCGGGGAGGGCCGAGCAGACGAAAGAACAGCGCAGGGUCCUGUGUCGUUCCUCCACGAAGAGGGGGAGCGACACACCGGGGUAGACCCAACUUCAGGUGUGCACAGGCAGGUGCAUUAAGCAUAGUGUUCUCUCGUGCCAGCCUCUGCUCGGCUGUCACAGCUGCGCCAGGCCCGGGCCUCUGCCCUCUCCGUGAGGAGACCCAGCACACGGCGCCCCUGUGGUUUGAUGUGGCUCACAUGCACCCCUACCCCACCUGGGCACCAUCACCUGCUCCUCAUAAUCGAGUCUUCCAGGGGACCCUCUCCAUCACUGGGGGACCUGUCUGGUGAUCCGUGUUUGCAUUUGAGAGGGCAGAGAGAGAUACCAAUAGAUAAAAAGUGGGUGCUCCCACCCACUGGUUCAUUCCCCAAAUGCCUGCAAUGGUCAGGGCUGGGCUGGGCCGGAGCCCGGAGCCAGGAAUCCAAGCCAGGUGUCCCACAUGGGAGGCAGGGAUGGAAGUACCUGCACUGGGGUCUGCAUUGGCAGGAGGCUGAGUCAGGAGCUGGAGUGGGGCACUGAACCCCAGUACUCUGAUGGGAGGUGUGGGUGACCGCCCUGGCUUCUUAGCCACUUGACCAAACACCUGCUUCUCACCAGGUGACUCUCUGUUUUGGCCAAGACGUUGCCAGGGCAGAAGAGCUUCCCUGCAUGUCUUCUGUCUGAGCCUAACAAACAAAUUCAGCAUACAGCAGAGGAGCCCGGCUGGGCACACGCGAGGAGGCUGCCCGGGCGGGAAACCAGCUGUCACCCCCGGUGAUCUGCCACGGACGAGGGGUGUCGCUGCCGCCAAGCAGGCUGGGAUCCAGCCUGGGCUCACACCUCCACUUAGCUCAUCUCUGUCUCCUUCCCUCUGAAAACUUUCCCAGCCUUUUUUUCGUCCCUUGCUGUGACGUCCGUGACAGUCUGGCAGAGCAAGGCUGGCUGUCCUGUGCGGUGUGUCUUGGCCUGGGUUCAAUGUCUCCUCGUGACUGAUUCGGGUAUGGCUCGGACAGGAGCUGGACAUAAGUGUCGCGCCCUGGGUGAACUGCAGCGAGAGCCCGGGUCCCGUCUUGCUGAUGCCCCUUCACUAAAGCGGCUGCCGGUGUUUCUCCACCGUCAAGCUGCCCCCCUAAUCUUGUGAUGAACCAGUGACCCGUGGGGAGACUCGGUGAGCUCGUCCGCUCCACCCAUGAGCCUUAGCACCCAUUAAUGCGAUUUAUCUGAAUCAGUUUUUGCUGAGAUGCUUGCAAAUGAGUUAUCUAAUCUCACCGUUUUUAUAUUGACUAAUUAAUAUGCUGCUUUAUUUAUUAUUGAUGUAGAUCCAUGGAUUCCUUUUUCAUUCAGUGGGUGAUAAUUCAUCACAGUCACUACUUGAUUCCCAAGUUAUCCAAGAUUUCACCAAAACAAGGGGGGCCCAUUCUGUGGUUCCCGUCUUUGUUUGCGCACCUCCUCUCCCUGCCUCACACGCUGCUCCAGGCUCAUCUCGUACAAACCUAGAAUCUGCCGUUUCUCCAAGGAGCCCUGGAGCAGGACAAGGUGUUUGAAAUCAAGAUCUGGCAGCAGAUGGGAUUUUUUUCUUUACUUGAAAAGCAAAGUGAUACGUGCAUAGAGGGAGAAACACACACAGAGAGGGAGAGAGAGGGAGGGAAGGAGGGAGAGAGGGGGAGGGGAGGAGAGGGGGAGAGAGAGAGAGAGAGAGAGAGAGAUAACGAACGUGCACGGUUCUAUCGGCUGGUUCACUACCUAAGUGGCUGUGAUGGCCAGGGCUGGGCCAGGCUGGAGCCAGGCCAGGAUGGCUCCCUCUCCCUCCUCUCCUCUCCUCCCCUCCCCCUCCCCCUCCCGGACUCCCACGUGGGUGCAGGGGUCCAACCAGUUGGGCCAUCUUCUGUUGCCUUCCCAGGCCAUUAGCAGGAAGCUGGAUUGGAAGUGGAGUGUCCAGGAAGGACUCACACCAGUGCUGAACACGCUGUGCCACAAUGCCAGCCCCUUGGCUGAUCGCUAUUCUUCAGGGUGGUUUCGUUAUUCAUCCAAAACACAUCUAGGUCCAUUUGUUUUUAAAGAUUUAUUUAUUUACUUGAAAGUCAGAGUUACAGAGAGAGAGGAGAGGCAGAGAGAAACAGAGAGGUCUUCCAUCCACUGGUUCACUCCUCAGAUGGCCACAACGGCCAGAGCUGCGCCGAUCUGAAGCCAGGAGCCAGGAGCUUCUUCCGGGUCUCCCACGGGGGUGCAGGGGCUCGAGGACUUGGGCCAUCUUCUACUGUUUCCCCAGGCCAUAGCAGAGAGCUGGAUUGGAAGUGGAGCAGCUGGGACUCGAACUGGCGCCCAUAUGGGAUGCUGGUACCGCAGGUGGCGGCUUUACCCACUGCGCCACAGCACCGGCCCGGUCCAUUGUUUUUGUUUAUAUUCACUUUCAGUUGUUGUUGUUUUUGUUUGUUUGUUUGACAGGCAGAGUUAGACAGUGAGAGAGACAGAGAGAAAGGUCCUCCUUUUCUGUUGGUUCAUCCCCCAAGUGGCCGCUACAGCCGGUGCGCUGCGGCCAGCGCACUGUGCUAAUCCGAAGCCAGGAACCAGGUGCUUCCUCCUGGUCUCCCAUGCGGGUGCAGGGCCCAAGCACUUGGGCCAUCCUCCACCGCACUCCCAGGCCACAGCAGAGAGCUGGACUGGAAGAGGAGCAACCGAGACAGAACCGGCGCCCCAACUAGGACUAGAACCCAGGGUGCCGGCACCGCAGGUAGAGGAUUAGCCUAGUGAGCCACGGCACCGACCCAGUCUUUCUUCAUCUUUGUUAAUUUCUUGUUUUCAACAUGGAGAACAUCAACAUAGUUCCCCAAAGCCUACACUGGGCUGGGCUCUGCUCUACAUCCGGCUUCCUGCUAAUACGCACACUGGGAAGCAGGAGACGACGGCUCAGUGACAGGGUCACAGCCUGGCCCGACCCUGGCUGUUGUGAGCAUCUGGGAAGUGAAUGGGAGCUUGUGUGUGCGUGUGUGUGUGUGCGUGUGCGUCUGCCUUUCUGAUAGAUUCCGUAAACUAAGGCGUACAGAGGGUGUGAACCCUACAAAGUGAGCUCAGAAGAGGGCCCCUAGUCCUCACUGCACUCCCACUCACCUGUGGCCAGGGGCCGGCGUCAUCAGCUCUGCUUUAUCCUUCCUGUGUUGCUUUGGAAAAUACAUUUUUUAUCACACACAUGCGUUUUCAUUUUUCCUUUCUUUUUAUGCAUUGGGAGGGAGCGUGCAUGCUCCCACCCUCCAGAGACACACACCCCCGCCCCCGCCCCCACUGUACACUUCUUGCUCUCCCACACGGCCCUGCUGAGUUCUCCCCAGCCCUGGGGGUCCAGAGGCUGCCACAGGCUGGCAGGGAGAAGAGGAAGGAGGAGGUGGCCCUCCCCCAUCCUCUGAAGCCAGACUUCAAAAGUCCUCCAUCACCUCCCACAGGCAAAUGCCCAAGUUCAAGGUGCGGCCGAGAACAGGGAGGGGUGCCUGUGUGGGCAGAGCUCUGGGAAGCAGGGGACCUGUGUGCACUGGGCUACAUUCCUGCCCUCUCUGCUCCGUGUGCUCAUCUGAGCAACGGAGAAUUGGAUGGGGCCCUUCAAGUUCCAGCACGAAACGCGUCAAGCCCGAGCCCACGCUGUCCGUGCGCCUGUGGUCGGUUCUAGGGGCAGGGGCCCAAGCGACACCCAGCAAGGUCCCUGCCCUCGGAGAGCUCGCACUCGUAACAUAAGAGCCUCUAGGCAAACACUGACACAGAUGUGACAUAAAAUCUCAGGAAAAUGCCAGGAAGAACAAGGCAGGGCCCGAGCGUUAGCGUGAGGGGGAAGCAGGACAGCUUUAGGACAGGGGCUUGGCGAGGGCCUCCCUGCGACGAGCUGACGUAAGUGCAGGAGCAACCCACAGACAGACCCAAGGAUGGGUUUUCUAUCAGAGGACACAGCAAGUGCAAAGGGCCUGUGGUGUGAAGUGGCUUGACAGGUGAGAGGGACAGCAAGUGAUGACUGAGGCACAGAUGAGGGGGAGCUGAUGAGUCUGGGAAGCUCUGGCGGGGCUGACUGACAGCAGGGUCACGACCUGACCCGACCCACUUGGGCUGCUGCGUGUGAGUGGGCUGCAGGGCGUGUGCCAGUCAAGAUCCAGACCCCACGGGGAAUCUGACAGAGGGAGAGAAGUGAAUGACCAGGGCCAGCACUGCAGUGUAGCAGGUAAAGCCGCCACCUGCAGUGCCAGCAUCCCAUAUGGGUGCUGGUUCAAGUCCCGGCUGCUCCAUUUUCUUUCGAUCCAGCUCUCUGCUAUGGCCUGGGAAAGCAGUGGAAGAUGGCCCAAGUCCUUGGGCCCCUGCACCCGCGUGGGAAACCUGGAAGAAGCUCCUGGCUCUUGGCUUCGGAUUGGCACAGCUCUGUCCAUUGUGGCCAAUUGGGGAGAGAACCAGCACGUGGAAGAUCUCUCUCUCUCUCUUUCUGCCUCUCUCUCUCUCUGUGUAACUCUUUCAAAUAAAUCUUAUUAAAAAAAAAAAAAAAGAAGUGAAUGACCAACCUGGAUGGGCACAAAGACGAGCGACAGCAGGAGUCCCUACCUGCAGCCGAGGGACAACGGAGGGAGGGGGUGUUCUGAUGCCCAGAGGCCAGGGCCGUCCUCCAGGAGACCCAAACACACAGGAGCUGCGGGGAGGGAGCCAGGGCUAUGCAGAGACAGGCUGCCUUUCAGCACACGGCCGCACGGCCCCACAACCCCAGGCUGCACAAGCGAGGACAACCUUGCUCCUCCCAGCCCCAAGUCUUCUUCUAGUAACUUCCAUUAGCUGAACACCCCCAAAGCCAGUGGUCAAGGUGGUCUGAGAGGCAGGUGUUUGGCUUGCUGACGAAGGCACUGCUGGAGACACCUGCACCCACUCCCAAGUGCCUGGGUUCACGCCUCAGCUCUCCUCCCAACUCCAGCUUCCUGCUCGCGCAUACUCUGGGAGACAGCAGAGGAUGACUCAAGCGACUGGGUCCCUGUGACCCAUGAGAGACUGCAUGGCAUUCCUGUCUCCUGGUUCCGGCCUGGCCCGGCCCCAGCUGUCAGCUGGCACAUGGGGAGUGAAUCAGCAGAUGGAAGAUCUCUGUCCCUCUGUCUCUCUGCCUUGCAACAUUUUUUUAAUUAAAACAAAUAAACAUAAGGCAUGUGGGCAGAUCAGUUCUCAGGAAGGGUGGGAAAUGAAUUUCAGAGCAAACAGGAGAAAAUGGGAGCAGGAAGCCAGAGGGCGCAGCAAAGUCCCGGUGAAAGACGGCGUGGCCGGGCCCGGGACGUGGUGUCAGUGCUGGACUCCGAAGAGCCUGGUGGGUUGGAGAUGGAGCCUGGGGACAAGGAAGGCACCUCGAGAUGGCACUGGCUUAGCUGGCGAAGACUCUGGGAGGGGCCGGUUGGGGAGGGGUCAAGAGUCAUGGUUCUGUUUUGGACACAGGACGUUUAAGACGUCCAGCAGUGGAAGUACCAGGGGAGAUGUCAACAAGGCAGCUGAGACCCAAAUCUGGGGUUCAAGGCAGAAGGAAGUUCAGGCGCAAACGUGAGCAAUCAGGGUAGAGGUGGGGGUUUGCUAGGGAACUGGGCAACUUCACAGGGAGUCACGUGUCCCACUGCAGUCUCGCGUCUCUCCCUGAAUCAGCUACUCAGGCUGGGAGCAGACGCUGUGCACUGAUUGGCCAGGACUGAUUGCCUAAGUGGGAAAAUGAGGGGUGGGAACUUGCUCACCCAAAACGCAUGUCCUAAGAAUCAGGGAGGGGUGGGUUCCUAGAGGAAAGUGAGGGUGCUUCUGUCGGGAGUGCACUUGUUUGCCAGCAGCAAAAACAAACCAACCAAAACAGCCACAGCCCACAGGUACCUGCUUAUGCACCCACUGCUAUGCAGUUAACACCGGCUGGGCACCUGCUGGCCAGGCUGUGACCUCCCAGCCUCCCUUCUUGCUGAGAGAACUCGCCCUCCUGGGCUAGCUCAUGGCUGGUCUUGCGGCCCCCGCUCACGUCCCACCUCCAGAACCUGGGUUUCCCUUCAGCACUAGGACUAACUGAGGCUAUUACCCCCACGGAUGGGGAUGCGGGACAGCAGACGGGGGCCACCGCCCAGAUGCAGGACAGGGUGUGGCUGCCUCCAAAGCCCACACUCGACCAUCUCCCCAGCCCCCCAAGCGCUGUCACAGCACAGCUUCUAGCCUCCGGCUGGCAGCUGCUAGGACCCAGGGGGCUGGCGCCAGGCCCUGCCCCUCCCUUGCCAGCUCUGUGCAUCUCCAGAGGGCACCAUCAAAGUGACAGCCAGUGCCAUCUCCGGCAAAGGCCGGGCUGCUGGAGCUGGGCUGGGGCGGGGGCCAGAGCCAGCAGGCUCAGCCUUGCACCUCUCCAUGGGGCCGGCCAAACAUCCCAGAAGAUGGCAGCCUGGGCAACGGAGCCACCUCCCCCACAGCCUAUGAGCUCUCUGCAUCCCAGCACAGGGUGAAGCCUGGGCGUGCAGAUGGCCAACAGCACGGGACUGACCGGCGCAGAAGUCGCAGGCUCGGUGGGGUUGAUCCUGGCGGCUAUCGUAGAGGUGGGGGCCCUGCUGGGCAACGGCGCGCUGCUGGUGGUGGUGCUGCGCACGCCUGGCUUGAGCGACGCGCUCUACCUGGCGCACCUGUGCGUCGUGGACCUGCUGGCAGCCGCCUCCAUCAUGCCGCUGGGCCUGCUGGCCGCACCCCCGCCAGGCCUGGGCCGCAUGCGCCUGGGCCCCGCGCCUUGCCGCGCCGUGCGCUUCCUGUCCGCCGCGCUGCUUCCGGCCUGCACGCUCGGCGUGGCCGCCCUCGGCCUGGCGCGCUACCGCCUCAUCGUGCACCCGCUGCGGCCAGGCGCGCGGCCGCCGCCCGCGCUGGUGCUCACCGCGGUGUGGGCCGCGGCCGGGCUGCUGGGCGCGCUCUCCUUGCUCGGGCCGCCGCCCGCGCCGCCCCCGGCCCCGGCCCGCUGCUCGGUCCUGGCUGGAGGGCUGGGGCCCUUCCGGCCGCUCUGGGCGUCGCUGGCCUUCGCGCUGCCGGCCCUCCUGCUGCUCGGUGCCUACGGCGGCAUCUUCCUCGUGGCACGCCGCGCCGCCCUCCGGCCCCCACGGCCCGCGCGCGAGGCCCGGCUGCGCUCCGAUUCGCUGGACAGCCGCCUCUCCAUCCUGCCGCCCCUCCGGCCUCGCCUGCCCGGGGGCAAGGCGGCCCUGGCUCCGGCGCUGGCCGUGGGCCAGUUUGCAGCCUGCUGGCUGCCUUACGGCUGCGCGUGCCUGGCGCCCGCAGCGCGGGCCGCAGAAGCCGAGGCGGCCGUCACCUGGGUUGCCUACUCGGCCUUCGCGGCGCACCCCUUCCUCUAUGGUCUGCUGCAGCGCCCCGUGCGCUCGGCGCUGGGCCGCCUCACUCGCCGCGCGCUGCCCCGGCCCCCGCGGGCCUGCCCUCCGCGGGCCUGGCCCCCGCGGGCGCUCCUGCGGCGCCUCCGGCGACCCCGCCAGAGCCCUGCCCCAGGCCCCUCGGAGGCACCAGAGCAGGUGCCCUAGUGAGCAAGAGGGUGGAGCCGGGCCACCUGAGCGCUCUCUCUUGAGCCUUGAGCCGGAGGCUAGGGGCCCAGCCAGCCCCGCGGCACAGGUAGGCACAGGUAGCCGGGGUGCCUGCUGGGACUUGUGACCAUAAAGGAGGAAAGCUGUCGGUAGCCUGGUGAGGCUGAGGCUUCCAAGAGCCUGGAACCCCGGGUUCUGGGCCCAACACUGCAUGGUAGGUGUGCACAGACCUACCUCGCCUCAGGCCUCAGUUUCCCCCUAUACCCUGCGCUGUCCCCCAAGGUCCUGCAGUGUGGGCUGUUAAACUCAAGGAAGGCCCCAGGCCCAGGAAGGAGAAGUGCGGAGUCCAGAGAAGAGGACCUAAGAGCUCACAACCAAAGUGAGGGCAGAGCAGGGUCGGACUUGACAGCCACAGCAGGAGCAACCAGUGGCGAGACACUCAGAAGGACUUCCCAGACGUCAGCACCAAGGAGAGACUGGACAAAGCUACUGAGCUGCUUUCAUCUGUUCUAAAGAGCCCAGGAAACAACUGGAUCCAUUUGGUGCUGGAAGCAGGAA